GUACCACUGUUUUUUAUUAUUAAAAAGUGGGGAUUAUACAUAUGGACCUAUGGACGCAACAACACUAAUAAGCGUCCAUUUUCUAUUAUAAGAUUAUAACCAGUAAUUUUGAUAAAAUUUGUUAAAAAACAAUGAAUUCGCCAAAUAAAAAUACAAAAAUUACAAAAACGCAAUUAACUGAGAAACUAAAAGUUGAUAUUGAUAUUUUGACCAACGAUCUGAAGAAAACCUUGACCAAUCUUGAAACUGCUACAGACUUUGAAGGUGUAGAAGAGAAAAUACGUAGCUUGAAAAAUAAACCCUGCAAAAUAUUAAAAUUAGUUGACUAUCUUAAGAUAAUGAAGUAUUUGAAAAAAGAUUUAAAUGAGAUUGAAAAAAAAUGCGGUGAGUUUAUACGGGAAGUCAGUAAAUUUCAAGUUGAAUCUGUUGGGGUUGGUGAACUGAUAAGUCUAUACACAUCAGAAGAUGAAGAUACUACCAAUUCUGUGAGUAUGGAUGGCACCGACCAAUUAUUCCAGUCCUUUAAAGAUGUCUCAAUUUCAUCAAACGCUGACGCAUCUAAUCUGCAAGCGGAUUCUGUUCAGCCUCUUUUGAUUUCAAUAAAAUUAGAGAAUUUUACUCACGACUCGCAAAGUUUUUUUACAUCAACUCCCAGUGACCCGGAUUACAAGAACAAGCGCUUUAGUAAUACAAAAGAAGAAAUACCAAGUAAGGUUCCUAGAUUGUCCCACAAAAUAAUAGAUUUUAGCCAGAAAGAAGAAAUAGAAAAAAUUGAUGACGUCAAAAAAGAAGUUAUCAGUGAUUUAAGUAAUCUAGCUGAUAUUAAAGACAGAAUACUUGUCCCUAAAAUGUAUCAAACUAAUCAAUCCAACGAGCACGUUAAAUUUACGCAGUUUGUUUGCAAAAGAUUUUACGAGCCCAGCGACCAAGAAGACGUCAGUCUCAAGACAAUUUGUGUAGAAUGUACUGACCAAGAUAAAUUCACCUACAUCGCAACGCUGUCAUUCACUAUUUUGAAUUCUAUUGAUUCAGAAACAUUGAAUUCUAGUAAAAUAAUAUUGGUUGUCUCUUACAGUCAAUUCGACUCGUGGAUCAGUAAAUUUUUGAUGUGGAGAACGGAAUUCAGCAAUAGGAAUAAAAUGAACUUGUAUAUUUUAAGCAAAGAAAAUAUGAUUGACUAUGUAGAGUGGAGUGAAACAGGCGGUAUGCUUGUUGUUAAUUUUGAUAUGUUUCAACAAAUUUAUUAUUAUAAAGAAAGUAUGGAAGUCGCGAAACAAAGCAUUUAUGAUUGUAUUUUUGAUUCUGAAAAUAAUUUGUUUAUUUUUGAUCUUCUUUGCUCUGAAAAAGACGAUUUGGAUCUUGAAAUUGUUAAUCAAAUGACGAAUUUAAAAUUGAUUUUUGGAAUUGAUCAUAAAAUCAUCAAUUUUGAUAAUCAAUGUUAUCAUUUUGCUGCAGAAAAGUAA